AUGUUCUCUCAAGUCCCCUCUAUCCGCCACAUCCCAAGAGUCCAUGUUGACUCACUAAAAACUGCUUCUUUGAGAAGCUAUCAUUCAAGUAAAAAUCGCCUUUAUGAUACUAUCGUGACGACCACUGUGAAGCCGCCGAUAGAGUUGCCCCCCCAUGGCACGUUUACCGACAAGACUCCUCGUACGAUCUUUGAUCUUGACCUCUUUAAUGACAUCAAAAAAAUUCCUGACUCCAGCAUUAUUUCUCCUCAAAACAUUAAGCACUUCCGAAUCCGCCUUCUUAAAUGCAGAUCGAAAUCCUAUCUUGAACAGGCUUCUUCGGUGGACGGGACAAAUCAUCAAGAGGUUUCAAGGACUGUGACUCAGCUUAAAGCGAUAGGAUAUCAGGGGGUUAUUUUGGGGCAUUCUAGAGAGGUGGUGCUCGACCCGAAUGAGAAGGUGGCACGAGAUGAAUCGGGCAGCACAACCUAUAGCGGCAAGUGCUACGAGGCCGUGGAAGCAUGGAAGCAGGGAACUUUGGACACCCUGGCCAUGGUGGGAGCUGGCGAUUUCCUGGCGGUCAAGCUGACCGGUGCUGGCCCAAUCUCUAUUGACGCCAUGGCGGCGCAAAAGCCAAUGCCCGAGAUACUUGUGAGAGCUAUGGACGAAAUUUGUCUUGCGGCCAAGAAACAAGGAUCUCGUCUAUGGAUUGAUGCGGAGCAGCAGGUCCUACAGCGAGGGUUGGAUCACUGGGCAAUCCAGCUCAUGCGCAGACACAAUAGGUCGCCAACACCCCUUGUUUAUAAUACAAUUCAGGCUUAUCUCAAAGGGUCAAAGGCCAACGUCGACCGACAUAUUGAGACAGCUGCUAGAGAAACUUGGUCUCUCGGGAUCAAGCUGGUUCGAGGCGCAUACAUUGAGCAUGAGACACGUUCUUUGAUCCACGACACCAAAGAAGAAACUGAUCGAUCUUACGAUCUGAUCGCUGAAACAUUACUCAGUUGCCAAACACCGGCUCAUGAAAAGAAUCUGCAAUUCCCCAAUGCUGCGCUCUUCCUUGCGACACACAACGCGGCUAGUGCAGCCAAAGCAAUUUCGAUGCAUCAGAGGCGUCUCAUUGAGGGGAAAGCUACCAUCCCGCUUGAAUGCGGGCAGAUUCAAGGAAUGGCAGACGAGUUGAGCUGUGAGCUUGUGCAGAACUAUGAGCGAGCCAUGCAACAGUCCUCCGCUGCUAAUGUUCCAGUGCCCAAGGCCUUCAAAUGCAUGGCUUGGGGUUCUUAUCUAUAUCGUCGGGCUAUUGAAAACAAGGACGCGGUCGAGCGAACUCAGCAUAUGGUUGAUGCACUUUGGGUAGAGCUCAAAAGGAGGGUCUUUGGCUAG